AUGGAGACGGCAGCGCCACCAACGCCAAUCACAACACCAACACCAGCAGAAGAAGGAACGACUCUGGCUAGCUCGGUGUUGGAACCACCUCGGCCGAUUGAGGAUGGAUUCCCUUUACACGAUGAAAUAACACUUGAGAGCCUCCGCAGUGUGUUGGAGGAUCUUCUCUCCUUUGAAAAUCUUCGCGGCCAUGCAUCUGCAAUGCAAAAUAAGGAUAAAAAUAACAAGAGUGAUGAUAGUCCCGAUUCACCAGCGGCCAUACUGGCAGCCAUGGAUGAUCGUCUCACAGUGUCAGCCUCAUAUUUAUUAAGUAUUCCUGCUGUACAUGCUCUUAUACCCUUUGGAGUAAAUGAUGUGAGGAGUACACGCAUGUUAGUAGCAUCAGGACAACGAUCACAAAAAGUAGAGACAAUCUCAACAGCGACGGAAACUCGAUUUGGUCCCUCACCACAUGCUUCCUCCCGUUCCCGCUGCACUUUGCACAUCCAGAGUGUUGAUAAGAAUGUAACUUUGAAAGAUGUUCAACAAGCGGUAGGACAGCAUGCUAUUUUUCAUUUUUACCGUGCCUCAUCAGAAUCUAUUUUCGUUACUUUUGAGAAUCCUCGCAGUGCGAAGUCGGCAUUUAUAGAGUUACAGGGAAAGUCACUUGGUGAAUGUCACUCUGUGCAAGUAAAGAUGCGUGUGGGAGGUGAAAAACAACCGCAUUCCACACAAGAGCGUCGUCACACACAUCCAGAUGCUUCUACACUUCAUUUGGGAAUGAGAGGCAAUCCUCGUCUUCAUUUAUCUGGUAUGGCUGCUAGUGCCCAUACGCCCAAUAACACUUCUACUUCUCUUGCUGCUGUCGGUGUUGGUGGUACUGGUAAGACUAUGGCUAGUGGUAGUAGUAAUGCUAUUAUGACUAGUGCAACUGGCACGACGAAUGCUGCUGCUGCUGCUGCUGCCGUUGUUGCCGCUGCGACGAAUACCGGCUGUGUUCCAACUGUCUCUCCUAUUGACACGUACAUUGAUCCCAUUCGCGCUGAUAGAACCCCACACUCACACAGUAAACCCAUGCGGUCAACACUACCAAGGAGUGGGAACACAUUUCAGUUCACUUCUCCACAAACACGUGGAAGUAUGUUGCCGCCUCCAAGAGGCGCAGUGCGGAAUCUUCGCAGUGGUGUACAAAAUGAAAUUCCCGCCGGACAAUUGAGUCGAGAGAUCUCUUUCAUGAUGCAAGAGUACAUGAUGAAUACCGCCGCUGCCGCUGCCCUCGCGGCCAACAAUCACCGCAAUGCCUGCCAGCGCCCACUCCCCACGCCCGCCGCACGGACUUCCUCCAGUCUCUACGGCGGCACUUCCGCGGCCGCUGGCGUGGGCCCGCCGUGCCCGGUGGGGGCCGACACGUUCAGUUUGGAAGAUGAGUUCAACACACCGUGCGGGGCCGCAGCGCAGGGAUUCUCUAGUCAUGUCCUUCUCCCAAUAGACGCUGCUAUGGGCGUAGACCACGGAACUCUGCGGCCCAACAACAAUUAUGAUAACAACCACAACAGCAACUCUCUUAACAUGUAUAAUGACAGUAAUGACAGUAGUCACAACUGCUGCCGCCGCCGAAUGCAACGUGAUCCAUACAAGGGGGGUAUUUAUGUUGAAAGUCCAAUGUACGAAGAAAACGACGCGAAUGCAGUUGUGCCACCGCCGUCACUUCUGCGGGAUCCGCCGCAUCGCAUUCGUUUUUGGGCAAACCGCCAUUUGAAGUUACGCAACGGCGAUGUCAGCGGCGGCGGCAGCAGUGCCAUUGCUUCACCCAACACCACCACACCACCACCACUACCAUCGCAAGAGAAACAACAACAACAACAACAGGAACGGGGAGAACCGCCACAAAAAGGGCGGGACAGAAAGAACAGUGAACCUAAUGAAGUUAAUAAUAAAAAUGAGGAUGGGAAUGUGUAUGGGGCCGCGCUAGAGUUUACGAUGUCUGGCAACGACGAUGAAUCACCACCGUCGCUGACGCCUAGCGGGGGGAGCAGUCAGUUAUCGGGCAGCGAGGAGAAUAGAGGCAACGGUGAGGGACGACAACAACAACAACAGAAAGAGAAAAAAGAGAGAGAUCAGGAUAAAGUAGGAUCAAUGACAUAUGCCGAUGUUAUUCGCACCUCACAUGUUGUGGGGGAUCACAUGUAG